AUGACGAAGCUUAUCCAAGUCGAUCUGGCAAAGGAGGUUGUCGAUAUCGCCUACGCUAAAUCGAUCCGCACGACCAAGGAACCCGCGUUUGUGGCCUACGAUCCAGUAUUUGCUGAUUUGCUUGGUGCAGAUGCUGAGAUCACAGCUGUUGAGACAAGGGCUGACGACAUGUUUGCACACGAAGCCGGUGUGUACGUCAAGCGCACGAACUCGGUCUACUUCACUGCCAACUUUCAGACGUCGAAUCCCGUUGCCUGCUACGCGGUCGACUGCACCGAUCACUCGAAGAUCACCAAGGUUGAGUAUCCCGAGGUAAUUCAGGCGAACGGAGCGUGCGCAUACAAGGACUGUGUUCUGUACUGCUCUCAGGGCGACCAGACGCACCCGUCCGCUCUCGUGCUCGCGGAUCCAGUCAGCAGCACGUCUGAGGUCCUCAUCAACAACUUCCACGGCCGCCAGUUCAAUUCGAUCAACGACGUCGUGAUCCACCACCCCUCAGGGGAUAUCUGGUUCACAGACCCAACCUACGGCUACGAACAGGCCUUCCGACCGCCGCCAGUGCUGCCCAACCAAGUCUACCGAUUCGUGCCCUCGACCAAGGAGAUUUACUGCGUCGCCGACGGUUUCGAGCAAUGCAACGGACUGUGCUUCUCGCCCGACUACAAGACUCUCUACGUCACCGACACCGGCGCCGUGCAGGCACACGCCGGCCCUGGCGAUGGACACUCGUUCUCGACCAACCUGCGCAAGCAAGCUACCAUCUACGCCUAUGACGUCACCUCCGGCAACGGCAUCCCCUCGCUCUCGAAUCGUCGCACUUUUGCGUUCACCGACACCGGAAUCCCCGACGGAAUCAAGUGCGACGAGGCAGGGAACGUGUACUCUGGCUGCGGAGACGGUGUUCACGUGUGGAAUCCGGCCGGGAAGCUUAUUGGAAAGAUAGUUGUCGGCGGAGUGGCCGCGAACUUCUGCUUCGUCAAGGGAGGCAUGUGGAUCUUUGGCGAGCACACAUUAUUCUGGGUCAAAAUGCGCUCGAAGGGCACGCUCGUCAGUAUUGAAUGCGAGUAG